AUGCAGGCUCAGCCAAUAUUACCUCUCGAACACCACAGACCAGGGCUGAUUGCGCACGGUCUGGCCAUGCACGGCUCGUGGCUGGGGACCACCGCUGUCCGUCGGAAAGGAAUCGGCCGCUGCUCGCUUAAAAGGGUAGAUUGCUGCUUGUCUAAAAAUUCCGGUGUGAACGGGUGCUCCCGAACGGCUUCUGCUCGCCUUUUGGAUCGAGGAUGGCGCGACUUCAGGCGGCCGGGGAGGGCUGACGAAGGGUCGGAUGAACGGCCGGAAGCUGCUGCUCAUCACGGCGGGCCGCUGUUGCUAUUCAGAGAUGGAGUCGCGCGGCUAUGGUGGAUUGAUGGAAGGGCUAAGAUUGGCGAUUGGAAGCUGGGAUCUGCAGCUGCUCGUGAGUUUGCCAGCGAAGAAAGACACGACGGCGUGCGGCAUCACUGGAGGAAAUCGGCAGCCUCGACAACUUUCGGUCGGAGCUCGUCUCUGCCGAGAAGAGAGUGA